GACAAUAUGAUAGUAUCUAUAUGUGGGCCCGCAGCUGCACCUCGUUAGCCGAGCGAAUAAGCGACGGACUUUGGAGUCUUCGCUGGCAAUAACACCGUGCUUAGGAAGGCAACGCGGAUCAGCCUCUAACACGCGGCGGCAGCGAAGAGGACGCUGCGCCCAUUCUCCUUCCUUGCUUUCUCUCUCUUUCCCUCUUCCUCCGCGGUGGUGAGAGAGAGCGGGAAAUUGGUCCGUAGGCGGGGUGAGAUCCUCACGGCGUUCGAUCUGGACGGCGGCGGGCGAAGAUGUUGGACAUACAGAAGCGGCGCGUGCGGCUGAUGCUCCUCAUCAUGGGCGUCCUCGUUCUCAGCAUGACUGCUGAGAAGUUCAGGGAACUUGUUGGAAAGGAGGCUUCAUCAAAGAGUGGUCAGUUCACAUUCAUGAACUGCUUUGACAUGGGUUCUGGCAGCCUUGCAUGCUCAGUGAAGGAGGGUGUCAAGUUGUAUGUCAAUAACCUUCGAACGGCACACCUGGAAAGGGUGCGGCAACAUGCCCUGGAGAGAGCAUUAGCCGAUGCCAUGACAGAAGGCCUAACACCUGCGGAAGCAGCCAAGCAAGCUCACAAGGUCAGUACAAAAGCAGCAAAAGUGGCUGCUCGUCAAGCCAAUCGGAUACUGGGGCCAAUAAUUUCUUCUGGUUGGGACUUCUUUGAAGCAAUGUACUUUGGUGGAAGCAUGACAGAAGGUUUUCUCCGGGGCAGUGGCACCUUGUUUGGAACUUAUGCGGGUGGUUUCCACGGUGAGGAGAGGUUUGGAAAACUGGGAUACCUCGUGGGAAGCCAACUAGGAAGCUGGGGUGGGGGAAGAAUUGGACUGAUGAUUUAUGAUAUCAUAAGUGGCCUGAAACAUAUGCUUCAAUCUAUGCAAUCUCAGAACGAAUCAUCAUAUGCUUCAGAAGAUGGUUCAGAAUACAUAGAUAGUUAUACAAGCCGUGAAAGGGAGGAGUCAACUUACUAUGAAACAUUGGAGGAGAAACAGGAAGAAUCAAAAUGGUUCGGUUUGUUUUGAAACUGCAAAUCGCAGUGCGCUGUGUUAUACAGGAGCACGGAACACAAUUAAAUUGUUUUGUCAUACUUGGCUGAAUGUUUAGCAUCAUUUUGUACGGUUACAGAGUAGGUAUAAUUCUUCUUUGUAAUUCGUGUUUUGGCUAUUGUAUAUAUAGAAACGUGUGCAUGCAACUCUUGAUAUUUUGCAGAAGAGUAAAAUGCAGUGGGGGUGUUUAAACUAGUUGACAUGUUCUGUUCA